CGUUUUGUGAAGGGCUCUUUUCCAUGCCUUACCUUGUCCCGAAAUUACUCUACACCUUCUUAUUCGCAUGUCAAGGUUCGGCUCCCGUGUAUCUUGCCCUGUUUUAUUCCUCGCAGUUGGGGCUCAAAGGAGACCAGAUCGGCUUACUGGUGGCAAUAGCUCCCUUUAUUUCCGCCAUCGCUUGUCCGCUAUGGGCAGCCAUUGCUGACAAAACCAAAACGCACCGCUACAUUAUGUGUAUCAUUCACACAUUAGCGACACUGGCUAUUGUUAGUGUUAUGGGCAUAUCCGUCGUUGUCCAACAUAUCGAUAACGAGACCGAUCGUAGUAAGCUAACCAUCGCACUGGUCACCGUUACGUCGGUCUGCUUUGCUUUCUUUGGUGUCCCGGUCGCACCCUUGGUAGACGGCGGCGUCAUGAAGAUCCUCGGGCGUAAUAAGGACCAGUAUGGACGUCAGCGUAUGUUUGGUUCCAUUUCGUUUGGUGUAGCUUCUUCGUUAGUAGGCUUCAUCACCGAUUGGGCCAACGACAUGAAUGCGAUUUUUUACGUUUAUGCUGUAUCAGCUGUCUGCUUUAUCACGGUCGCAGGAAGUUCGCAAUUUAAACCGGAACGAAUGGUGGAGCGAUUACGACUUAGCAAACCGCUAUCCACCUCUCAACCUCUAUCCACGAUUCCCACUACAUCGCUUGAUCAAACAUCAUACCCGCAACCCUCUAUGGAUGAUCAUAAUAUAGCUCCGCUCAAACGCAAAAUUAAGCAAUUUCACAUGGAAUACGAUGACGAUUUUGUCGAAGAAGAGUCGUCCCAGAUCCGCGAAAACGAAGUGCAACGACUGAUCCAGUUUGCUACAGAAUCAAGCAUUAUCGAAGCUGUCAACCUUGCCAAUCCGCCGGCUUAUCGUCGUCGGUCGUCCUCUGCGCAAGACGUAAACGAUCACACCCGCAGCACGCCCAUGCCGAGCACGUUACUCGAGUUAUUGAAACAGCCCAAAGUGCUUUUAUUUUUUACCACUAUGAUGCUCAUGGGAGCGUCACUGAAUAUGGUGAUCAGCUUUUUGUUCAUCUUUUUGAAACAAGAUUUGGGUGCCAGUUCCUCUUUGGUUGGCUUGACAGGUUUAGUGGGCUCGGUGACCGAGUUGCUUUUCUUCUUUUAUUCUCGAGAUCUUAUUCGCCACUUUGGAAUCAAAAGUCUCAUCAUCCUCGGCCAUGUACUGACGAUUGUUCGCAUAUUCUGUUAUACUAUUCUGCCCAAAGGUCCUAAUGGCGCCAGUAUAGCUCUCGGAUUACAUUUAUUAAAUGGUAUCGCAUUCUCGGCGUUAUGGGGUGCAGGGGUUGUACAAGCCGAUGAAUUGGCACCUCCGUCAUUGCAAGCGACAUCGCAAGGUAUGACAGACAACAUUUAG